AUGCAAAUAAAAUGUCAUUUAUUUAUAUAUAAUUCACUAGCUUAUCCCAAUUUAUAGCAAAAUUUUAAUUAAUUAUUAAUUGAAUUAAAUUUACAUUAUUUGAGUAAUAUUAGAUAUAAUAAUUUUAGUGCCAUUUCAUCUAUAAAAACCAAAACUUCACACCAAAAGAAUUCAUUUAUAAAAGCUAAGAGAUAUAAAAAAUAAACUUUUAAUUUUUUAAUAAAUUGUUGUCAGUAUGCUUCUUAUAUUUUUAAUAUAGGGGGAGUAAGCUAAAUAUCAAUAUUUCAUUCAAGAUAAUUUAAUAUGCCACCUAAAUAUUAAAAAAUUCAAUUAGGUAUACUAUUUAAGCCUGAUGCUACCUCAACCUAUUGUCUAUGAAAUUGUUUCAUAUCUUAGCUUACCUGAACUCUUUACAGUUACACAAGUGAACAAGUCCUUCAACAAAGCAGCUGAGACUCCUUCCCUUUGGAAAAGAGAGUUUCUAAGGAUCUGAAUCCAAGAUCAAGAUUUAAAAUCUGAGCUUGAAUUUAAUGUCCACGGAUUUUGGAAAUAUCUAUGCAUUAAAGGACUCAAAUCUCAAAUCAAUUGGAAAAACCUAUCAGGGAGCUUAUUUACAGACGCAGAAGUUUCGUUCCUUUAUGAUGAACUCCAAACUGCUUUGAAAUCUCCUCUAAUCCCUUGCAUAGCUUUUAGAAGGGACAUACAUUCAUUCCCUACAUUACUACAAGAUGUCUUUGGAAACCCUAUGGAUCAAUUUUCAGAGGAUAUGGACAUAGAUUACAUUAGCACAUUUGAAAAUUAUAUGAACUCAGCCGGGAGUUACUUAUGUGCUGAAAUUCAGAGUUUAUCAGAUUUAACCUUAUUAGCCGCCUCAAGAUGAAAUUUAGUAUCAGCUGAGGCCAUAUGUGAAGAUAGGCCAAGCAACAGUUCAGAGUCUACCUGCGAUACUGAUGAAGAAGUUUCAUGCAAAUUUUCUUAUAAAGGAACAAAAAGCCUUUUAUUACAAUUUUAUGCGUGCUUAAAAAAAUCAAUUGAGCUAUUCUGUGAAGGAGUUUCUUACAGUUUAUUAGAAAGCAAUGACAUAAUAAACGAAUAUGUGCAAACUUGGAAUAAUUUUUCAGCCUCAACUAAAAAUAUCAAUGAUUUAUUCAGCCCUUUGACAGAAAUGAUCAAUGAAGUGUAUGAUGCAAAAUUCGGAGAAAAUUGUGAAGCUCCAAGGCUGAAUUUGGUAAGAAUUAUGAUUGCUUGUUGGAGGAGGAUUGUUUUUGAAAGAGUCCAAGACAAAUUGAUUGACCAAAUUUUAAGGAUGAUUAAGCAAGAAAGGAUCUCAGUGAUUGAACAAAAAACAGAUUACAACGUGCUUGAUAGCUUAAAAGGCGUUGUGGAUGCAAUUAUGGAUAUUAGCUUAAAUGAACUUACAGUUUAUUUAAAAAAUCAUUCAAAACUGCAAUUAGAGGGCCCAUAUUUAGGACUUCAUGAAGCAAUUCUUUCAGCCUCAUAUGAAAAUUACUCAGAGUUAUCAUUAUCUACUUCUAACCUAGCCUUAUUUUUUGAAAAAGAGCACGAUCUUUUAUCAAAUUUCCUACCGAAUUCUACAUUAAUGCAACUAAACCAGCUUAAAAUCAAAAUUUUAAUUUCCAGCCUCCAAAACUCUUUAGUCCAAGAAUUCCAAAGUUUCAAGCCAAACCCAUUCCUAGCUUCCUCUCGGCACUAUUCCAAAGACUUUGCAGCCUUUUUAUAUCAAAUUGACUCCAACACACACAAAAUUUCAGCAUUCCUUGACUUUUGUACAAGUAACUUAAACCUAGCAAAAGAUUUAGAAAUGCUUGAAAUGCUAAACAAAGAACUAUACAAUGAACUUACAGUAGAAGAUGACUAUUUCAUAGAGCGAAGAGCAGAACUCGCAGGAGUUCCCACAAGCAUACAGCCAGAAAAGCUUUUGUUGUUCUCCACCUGCCGAGACCUAACAUAUCCUCAGUUGAAGAAUCUAUUAAAAGCCUGUACAGUUUAA